AUGGAUAUUCACUAUUUACCCAAUUGUCCUGUUUUUGUGUUUGAUGGCAAAAAUAAUUUUGAGAGUUGGCAUCAACAAAUGAAUAAUUUUUUCAAUGCGAUUGGAUUAUGGUCCUUUAUUGAUAAUGAAUUCGUGGAAUCUCCAGAAGACAUAACAUUAACUGGUGAAACAGUUAAACAAUUGGAGAAAAAUACACAAUUAGAUUAUAGGACACGUUUUUACCUUAAUAGGAAGGUCGAAUUGCAUGUAUAUAAUAAAUCUUUACAUGCUAAGACAACAAAGGAGGGUUGGACACAUCGAGGUUCCACAGAUGUAAGAAAAGUCAAAUUGCAAGAGCUUAGAAGACAAUACGAGUUAGCCCAAAUGAAAUCAACAGAUUCCGUCAAAGAAUUUUUGACAAGAGUUAUUAAUAUUGUCAACAAUAUGAGAACUAAUGGAGAAGCAUUAGACCAAGCUGAAGUUGUUGAAAAAGUAUUGCGAUCCUUGAGUACAAAAUUUCACACCAAGAAGACGGUCCUAGAGGCCACCAAAGUUCUCAACACUUUGACAUUUGAUGAUUUAGAAGGUGAAUUGGUGACAUACGAGAUGUCUCUUAAUCAACAGAGGACAGAAACAAUUGAUGAAGUGUUGCAAGCAAAGGAGACUCAACCUAAUCGAAGAGAAGAGAUAUCAAACUUGGCUGAGACAAAUCAAAGAGAUCAGAAUUUCAGAGGUAGAGGACAAGGGAGUAGAGGUAACUUUCGAGCUCAUUGUAGAGGAAUUGAAGAAAAUAAAGGGAUUGAAUGGUUCAUUGACUCUGAUUGUAGCAAUCAUAUGUCUGAAAAUAAGAAAUUAUUUAUUGAUCUAGAUGAAUCAUUUAGAGCUACUGUAAGACUUGGUGAUCUAGAAGAUGAAUUUCUGAGUAAUGAUAGUAGUCUUGUUGGAUUCACUGAUAGUGAUUGGGCAGGUGAUAUGAUGGGACGAAAAAGUACUUUUGGCUAUUCAUUUUAUUUGGGAUUUGGCAUAUUUUCUUGGUCUUCAAAGAAGCAACAAGUUGUUGCUUUGUCAACUACCGAAGAAGAGUAUAUGACUGCAGCAAUAGUUCUACACAAGCAUUAUGGUUAA